UUCCGUUUCCUUACAACCUUAUCCGAACACUCCCAUCCCCUUUCAAUCCAAACAGAUAAAAAGAAGAAAAGCACAAGAAAAGAAGAUAAAAAUGGCUUCCUCAACGCUCUCGACUCUUUCUCUCCGUUCCCCUUCUUAUCCGCCACCUACUGCUUCCUCUCUUCUUUCCAAAACCCCUUCUCUCCAAUUCCCUCUCCGUUCCGCCGCCCCUCCUAACCUCGCCCACCGCACCAUCUUUCUCCGUCCUCCCAACGCAAUCGAAGCUCCCGAAAAGAUCGAAAAGCUCGGCGCCGAGAUCUCUAACCUAACCCUCGAAGAAGCUCGGACCCUUGUUGACUACCUCCAGGAGAAACUCGGUGUCUCCGCCGCUGCAUUCGCCCCUGCUGCCGUCGCGGUUGCUGCCCCUGAUGCAAGUGAUGCUGGAGCGACUGUCGUGGAGGAGAAGACGGAGUUCGAUGUUGUGAUUGAUGAGGUUCCUAGCAAUGCGAGGAUUGCGGUAAUUAAAGCGGUCAGGGCUCUGACGAGUUUGGCGCUGAAAGAAGCGAAGGAGCUGAUUGAAGGGUUACCCAAGAAGUUCAAGGAAGGGGUUUCGAAAGAGGAGGCUGAUGAUGCCAAGAAACAGCUUGAAGAAGCUGGAGCUAAAGUUUCUAUUGCUUAGAGAAUCUAAAUUUUCGACGGGUUAUAUUUUCGUGUCUAUUCUGUUUGUUGAAAUGCUCAAGUGAAUUUCUCCUUUA